ACAACCCACCACGACCUCUUCACACUGUUUUUGAUUGCAUCACAACCCAAGUACCAGCACUUCCUUCCAUAUCAACCACCGGCCAUAAGAAACAAUGGCUGACAAGCUGGCCCACGAAGCGGAACUCCCCCCAACCGCUUCCUCCUCCAAAAAACCGGAGUCUAAUCAAUCAGUCGACAUUGGCUACUAUCUCAAUGAAGGACUAGAAGGGACUGAGCGGCAGCAAUAUCAUGAUGUCCCCUCUUUCGCACGGGCUAUUAAGUCGCAGGCAGACCACUUACGUGCGGGUAACCUGAUUGUGGGACAGUACGCGGUAUUUUCCUCUGUGACGUCGGAGGAGCUUACGAAGCUCGAGCAAAACCGUGACACAAACCGCAAAUCACUUCGGUUCCUAUACCUGAACGACGUAGAGACCUUGAUUGUCAAAAUCACGCCAAGCAAACCCUACGAAUUAUCGACUAGCGAUCUUGUACAGAUGGUACACGAGAAGGCCAUAGCAAUGGGCCUUGUGAGGCAGCUUCUUGAUCUGCGUGGUGCAACAUUUCAAGGCGUGCGGUCUAAGAAGGAAGGAGAUUCAGCACUCAUACCUAGGACUCUGUCUCUCGCAACCGACUGGCCAACUGUGAUCUUCGAAUGCGGGCUUUCCGAAUCCCUUAAACGCUUGAGGGCUGAUGCAAGCUGGUGGUUGGAAAACUCUCGCGGAGCGGUGAAAAUUGUACUUCUUAUUUGUGUCUCCCCACAACAGCGGAAGAUACACCUAGAGCAGUGGGAAACUCGCAAUAUACUAAAUCCACAACCGAGUCGCACCGAUAAUAGUCCGCUGGUGACGAGACGGAGAAAGGUUCACGAGAUCGAUAUCACCGCCCCUAUUGUGACCGGAUCAGCUCUUUCCCCUCCGGUUGUUGAUGGGGCUCCGUUGACCCUCGAUUUCGAAAAGGUCAUGCUUCGCCAGCCUGGGAAUGGCGAGGGGAACGUUGUUUUGACUGCUCAGGAUCUCGCAGAUUAUGCCACUAUUGUCUGGCGAUCUGCACAAUAAGAGGGGGCUUUGAUUUGAGUAGAGUAAGUCUGGCUCCCAUAACCAUAAAACAAAAUUCGAGCAGGGGCUUAUUGUGCUAGCUAGUUACGGGGAGGGGGACAAUUGGAUAGCUCUUACGGAUAACUGAUAUCCUGGACGAAGAGAUGGGACCGUGCUGUUUGGUUUCUAGGAGCAAAAUGGGGAGAAAAAGGGGAGUUCGAAAAACAUGAUGUUUGCUUUUCUUCUUCUCUUUCCUGUGUUGCAUUGCCAGCAUAGUUUUAAAAGCUCAUGGUUAGCUAAGAAAAAAAAAGGCAUUUGAUAAUUAGCAGCUACUCGUAGGCUUCAGUACUUGUAACAUUUUUUUUUUUACCAUA